GCCCGUAACAUACUCACCAUCACCUGGAGAACUGAAUCAGCUCUGAAGAUUGUCGGUCAACACCCGGGAGUCCUCAUGCUGACGACGUACUGCGUCAUCUGGUCGGUACAAACGGAGGUGGCAGCAACAAGGCGUCGUCCCCGCCGGUACGCAGCGCUGGUCGAUGCGAGGGAUCGGUCGUUUACAAGCGGUCAUCUGGCUGCAGAUUCAUCAGAAGGACGGGUGGCUUGGCCAUGGUAUGCCAUACGAGGGGUUAACAGGACCGCAUUACCCAGCCGGGAAAGGAUGGAACAGGAUAGAACGUAGUCUCCUAGAUGUCCCGUCAGCAGCCGUCAAGACAUUACGUGCCUUGCCGGGAGCCAUCUCACCAGAAGUGCUAUAUGCCAGUUACAUAAAGGCAGCACUGGCCGUACUAGACAUACGACGUGACGGUCCAAUCAUUGCCCGAACAUUCGCUGGGCAACGAGCUGACCUUCAACGGUCUACAGUCUACACUCAAGGGGGACGUGUCAUCCCCGCAAGUAAGCAUAGAGAAUAUUUGUACUUACCUGCCGCACUAUUUUCCUUCCGCCUCGCUCCUGUCGUCCCUCUCGCAGGUGUCAAUCAUGCUUUCCAAUCAUCUGUGCACACGUAUGUGUUAGUUGUCCACGGUGCUGCGUCUUCUCAUGUAACAAUGUCAGAACCAUCUUCCCUUCUAUUACCUGCCCUGCCACAACAAUUACUCGAAAUAGACGUGCAUACAACGAGAAUACCGAUAAUACAUCCUGAUCGCAAAAGACGGGGGAUAUACAGAGCCACGCUUUGAGGGGCUGUGUGUGAACGACGAAGACCAGACAGAGGGGAUAUCGAAACAGAGAGACUAGAGAGAGUGACGGCUCUUGCGAGGAGAGGGAUAUAGUAAUAGAGAGGAACAAGGAUAGAGACGAGUAUGGACAGUCGGGCGGGGCGUGGUGUCGCGGGGCGUAGAGGAACGCAGAACGGACUACACAUGCAUAAUGGAUCGUGAUAAAUAAACCAAAGUGGGUGGACGAACGAAGAUGGUGUGCCCGGGAUUAGGCGGUCAUCGUUUCGUGAAGAUCUUGUUGAGCAGACCGAGCACCUUGGGCACGUUGAGCUGUACGUACUCGAGGUCGAGGAGAUGUUUAUUAUCUUUUUGCUGGGGCAAAG